UUAAAACCCCUUCCCUUUUCCCCUCCAUAUUUCAACACAAAAAAUAAAUAAAAUUCAUUUCAAUCAUGGACUCAACCACCUUCCUCCGCCGUGGAUUCUCCCCAGCACCACCACGUCUCCCGACCACCGCUUUGCUUACGAGACGACUUCCAUUGUCCUUCCGCUGCAAUGUGUCUUCGAUUCAUCUCUUGGUUGAGAAAUCAAACGAGAAUUACAAUAAAUAUAGAAGGUGUAACAAGAAUAAUAAUGGCAUUGACAUUGAUAUACACUGCUUUAAAGUCGUCCCACCAUCGUCUACCUCGAAGGGCGGUGGCAACUUUCCUUCUCCAAAUGCCAAAAUGGCCUUGCAGUCGCUCUUCUGCUUCUCUUUUGAUAACGCUGUUGAACCGCAUACAAAAGAUAUAACAGGCGAAAAGAAAAGAGCAUUACAAGCAUUGUUAGCUCAAAAUCCUGUUCAGGCAGAGAAGAUAAUGAGGGAUUUGUACCAAAAAUAUCAGAAAAAUCGCAAUGGGCAGAUUAGAUAUGAUGCUACUUUGGCCUUCAUACAAGUUCUCAUCCACUUGGGAACAAAUGAAAGCUUGGAUGAUGCUAUUAAAAAAUUGAACGAGAUAGAACUGAUACCCGACAAGCCAAGUGAUGCAAGGCCUUCUCUCUACCGAGCUAUUAUAUAUACCUUAUUAGACGAAAUUAAGGACGCUAAAACUUUUUGGUGGACUUACACAGGCUAUAUAGGCACCGGACCCAAGCAUCGAUAACAUUGUAAUAAUUUUAUAUCCUUUUAUAUGGGGAAAAUAAUUUGUAUUUUUCACUUCUUUUUCUUUAUUAUUUAUUAUUUGUGCUAUACUUUGUUUAUGUACUUUAAAAAAAAUAUAAUUUUCCCAAGUCCAUGCAUUUCCCCAAAUUUCUGUAUGUAAUUCAAGUACUUUUGGAAGAAUCCCAAUAAAAAGCCCAUUUUGUUGUA